CCAAGCGCGCCCGCCCUGCGGCCGGACUAAAGGAAGCCACCAAAGGUCCUUUCAGCUGCCCUGCGACCUCGCGGUCUCUGUGUCGACUCCGCGCGGGCGUGUGAUGAAGAAGCUGCUGCGAGGGUGAGGAAGAGUCGGGGUUGAUCCCCAGCUGCGCUCCGGGCCGCCCUGCCUGAAGAAAUGAGUGGUGGCUUGGCUCCAAGUAAGAGCACAGUGUAUGUGUCCAAUUUGCCUUUCUCCCUGACAAACAAUGACUUAUACCGGAUAUUUUCCAAGUAUGGCAAAGUUGUGAAGGUUACUAUAAUGAAAGACAAAGAUACGAGAAAGAGUAAAGGGGUUGCAUUUAUAUUGUUUUUAGACAAAGACUCUGCGCAAAACUGCACCAGAGCCAUUAACAACAAACAGUUAUUUGGUAGAGUGAUAAAGGCAAGCAUCGCUAUUGACAAUGGAAGAGCAGCUGAAUUCAUCCGAAGGCGAAAUUACUUCGAUAAAUCUAAGUGUUAUGAAUGUGGAGAAAGUGGACACUUAAGUUAUGCUUGUCCAAAGAAUAUGCUUGGAGAACGUGAACCUCCAAAGAAGAAAGAAAAAAAAAAGAAAAAGAAAACCACUGAACAGGAAGAAAUUGAGGACCCAGCAGGCAGUGAAGAUGAGGGGGAGGACCCUGCUCUUGACAGCCUCAGCCAGGCCAUCGCAUGCCAGCAAGCCAAGGUGGAAGAACAAAACAAAUGGAAACCCAGUGCAGGUGGCCCUUCGACCUCCGAGGACUCUCGGCGCCCAAGGAUAAAGAAGAGUGCCUACUUCAGUGAUGAGGAAGAACUCAGUGAUUAGAGUUAUGCACUGCAAACUUUGGUAAAAUGAAAACCAGCUGCAGUACAAAGUGUGUGCAUACAAGGGCACUGUUAACGAAAUAGUGUUUUUUACUGCAAAAUAGUGCACAGAAGAUGAAAUACAAUUUUUUAAAUUAUUGUGUUUGGAGCUUGGCACAGUGACAACUGUGAUCCCAGUUGGGAGGCUAAGGCAAGAGGACUGUAAGUUCGAGUGCAGCCUGGGCAACUCAGCAAUGUAGCAAAACCCUGAUUCAAACAAUUUGGAAAGUUACACCGAGGACGUAGAUCAGUGCGAAGGACCUGGGUUCAAUCACCAGUAUAAAAAACAAAUCGUAUUUCUACCUUGCCAUGGCAUAGUAGAGACUUAACAUCUGUGGUCCAGAAAUCCCAAAUGUUCUAAAGUCCAAAACUUUGAGCACAACAUGAUGGCUCGAAUAGAUAAUUCCACACCAUGCAACUGUGAUUGAUGUGCAGCAUUAUGGAAAUUACUGUAUUUGACUGCCUCCAGGAUAUGUACAUAGGCAUAUAUAAAAUAUAAAUGAAUUUCAUGCUUAGACUGAGGUUCCAUCCCCAAAAUAUCACAUAUGUAUAUAUUCCAAAAUACUUGUGGGCCCAAUUUAUUUUGUUGUUCCUGUGUUUGAGACAAGAUCUUCCUAUGCAGUAUAGGCUGGUCUUCAACUCACAUCAUAGUAGCCCAGGGUGGCUGAAACUGGUGGCAGUCCUCCUGCCUCAGCUUCUUGAGUGCUCAGAUUAGAAGGUGCACAUCUCUGCAUCUGAGAGAUCCCAAGUAUUUUGGAUAAGGGAUACUCUGCCUGUAUGAAAGACCAGGAUUUGUUAAGAAAAACAAAUACUGUGAUGGUAAUGCUAUUUUUAUUCCAUAAAAGGUAAACAUUAAAAUGAUUUAUUUGAAAAUUUUACUGUAAAUGCUUUAUUGAUGUUUUACUAUUUUGUAAUUACUUUUAAAAGACAAUCUUUAAGACAAAAACUUUAUAAAAACUGAAAAAAUUAGUGGUUUUUUGUUAGUAGUAAUGUCAAUAAAUUUUUCAAAUGAUAUUGUCUUUAAA